AAGCUCAAUUGACCCGCAACCCUAGCCUCCAUACCGCUUCGAAGCACCAAUCCGUCAAGAUGGUUCAAUUAUACAACAUUGCUGGUCGCCAGAUUGCCUCCCACUGGCUUGCGAUGGCGACUCUCGGAACGAUUACCGCGCUCACUUUCGUCUCUUCAGGAGGGUCAUCAGCCGUCAAGAAGACUCAAACACCACCCAUCAACGCUUCAAGUCCCGAUGAGGAGAAGUUCAUCAAGGAUUUCCUGAAGAACGCUGAUGGAGGCGACGAAAAGACGGAAGCGCAUGCAUCCAAAUAA